AUGAUAACUCAAAUCAUAGUUUUCCUACUUAUAUUAUACUUUGUCAAAACAAUUUAUACAGAAUUUGUAUCAAAUGGUAAUCCAUUUUCAUCAAAAAAUUCACCAAUUGAAUCAAUAGUAGAAGGAAAAUUUACUCCUAAAACAUUACAAAAAUAUAAUGGAAAAGAUCAUCCUAAAAUAUUUAUUGCUGUUAAAAAUAGAGUAUUUGAUGUAAGUCAAGGUUCUGCAUUUUAUGGUCCAGGUGGACCUUAUGAAAAUUUUGCAGGUAGAGAUGCAAGUAGAGGUUUAGCUUUAAAUUCUUUUGAUCCUUCUGUUUUAACUCCAAUUAAUGAACCAAUUGAUGAUUUAAAAGAUUUAAAAGAUUUAGAAAAAGAAAGCUUGGAACAAUGGGAAGAACAUUUUGAAAAUAGAUAUAAAGUUGUUGGAACUUUACAUGAAAAUGGAGCUGUAAAAGAUGAAAAUUAG